CGUGCCAGGAGAAGGCAAAACUUCUCCGAAGGAAAAAGUUAUUCCUUCAUUGAUUACAUAUGGUGGGAUAGCAAUGAAGAAAGCUUGCCAACAAAGUACGUCAUUCUAGCGCCCACACAGCAGCAGCAGGGUUUUAGUUUCCGUGACCGUCGCAGGACUUCGAACGAAAUGGUCGCAGGAAAUUGAAUAAUUUCAUACAAGCCUUAAGCGAACAUUUGUCGGAGGGUGUUUUGACUAGUGAGAGCAGUUUUGGAAAAAAACCUAAAACAUGUCCUCCGUAGGCAUACGAAUCGACGAAGCUCUUUCGUUUGUAGACCAGGGCGACCAAGCAUGCGUUGGAAAGAACGCGGAAGAGGAAGCCUGUGGCAAUUGUGGUGACGAUGGCAACGUGGAAGUUGAUAUGAAAUUUGGUUUGUUCGUUGAGAAUGAGCGCUCAGUACCGAGGAAUGUAUCGGAGGAUGAGUUCGAUUUCGAUUCUGCGUUCAGUUCCGAAUCUAACCAAGGGCUUACGGAUGAAAGCACUAUCGACCACCACGACGAAAGAUCCAUGCCCGAUGGAGCAGUGGAGCGGGAAAGGCUGAAAUCGCUCGAGGACGAGCAUGAGGUCUUAUCGUCGAACCUGAUUGCACUGACAUCGCAUUUCGCUCAGGUGCAGCUACGAUUACGACAGAUCGUAGAAGCGCCACCCCAGGAACGGGAUUCGUUGCUGAAAAAUCUCGAAGAGUUUGCGUUCCUGGGCAUACCGGAAAUACAGCAGAAUCCGGUGAAGCAAAACAUCCCCGAAAUCGUGGCCAAUCUCGACCGAAGUCCGGAGUCGGUGGAAAACCUACGCGAAAAGCAGCAUGAACUUAUCGAACAGCUGAAAACGCAGCUAAUGGAUCUGGAGCGGUAUGCGUACGAGUCUGGUGCAGGAAUUCUGCCGCAAACGAUCCUGCUCGAAAAGCAGAAGGUGAUCAUCGAGGAGAUAAAGAAAAAAAUCAACUUAAACUUGAACGAACUGGACCUGCCGCAGCUUACCUCGGAAGAUCUUCGCCAGCAGGUGGACAGUGCGCUGGACGAGCUGGUAAAUCCGUUGAAGAUGAAAGAACAGCUGGUGACGCAGCUUAAAACACAAAUUCAAGAUCUGGAACGAUUUAUCGGGUUUCUGCAGACGAAUGAGAAGGCAGAAAUUAAAAAACGUUUCCUUGAGCAACAGCAACAAAAGCAACAGUGUACAGAACUCUCCAAAGAACACGGUAAUAGAUCACAACACGUGACGGAUCGUCAAACGCUUUCAAAGCCCGUAGUAGCCGGUCACAGCUCGGUGAACCAUGGCGGCAAUAGUAACCAAGCAGCAGCAAAACGGGAAUCCUUCAAUAGCAAGGCGUUUGGUUUGAUGGAUAAGGCUGGAACAUUGCUGCAAAUGUUUGCCCUGUCCCAGUUCAACUGUGGCAGCGAGCAUCGGAACAGCGAGGCAAACUAUCAAUCGAAAAUGAUGGCACGCACACGGCAAAACUGUUGGGGUGAUAUUCGAGCAAGACUGGAAUACGACGUGCAGGAGAUUGCAUCGUUGGUGCUGACGUUACAAAGCGAAAUAGCGCCCAAGGAAGCGGACCACAACGAGGAAGACGAGGACGAUCCUACACGUCCUACCCGUGGCAAUAGGAAGAACUACGAGCUAACGUUGCUGGUUCGCAAACGUUUGGCCAAAACCAUCCAACGUUUAAUGCAGCACGGUUUGCGGAGCAUGUCCGAAAGCGCAAGCCACAGCCUGGUUCCAUUCAUAUCGGGAUGCUUUUCAUCCAACGGCAGCAGUAACAGUGGCACCAACCACCAUUCCAGCAUGAACGGAAGAUCGAACGAAGGCUUUUAUCGAUCGGAGGUCAGACGAAAGAGUACGGGAGCGACUACCACUGCACCAAAGAAACAGGCAUCGUGUCCAGUGGAGGACACGGGAAAUUUGAACGUGGAAGACAAUCUGUUUUCUCAGCUGGACGACGACGAAGAUGACGAGAUGGAGCCCCAAUUCGACAGCAAUAGUGUGGACGAAAUGCAUGCCUGGGAGCUAUUGCUGGUGUACUAUAACAUAAAAAAUGGCGAUCGUUACAACUCGACCCCGGCGCGAAAGUUGUCCGAAAGUUUCAACUUGGAUAUCGUGGAUGGCAGACCGUUAUCAAACAAACAGAGUCUUCUCAGUGCUAUUGGAUCGAUUGUUGCAUUGCACAGUCCCUACAAAAGAAGCUACGAUUCGCAGUUUAAGGCUUUCAUAUGUGCCGGACUGAACGCCCAGAAGUUAACGCAAUGGCUGUACCUUAUAUUCCAGUGUAAGGAACUGGUCAGCUCCCAUUAUUCCAGCUGGAGUUAUGUGGCCAACACCGGCUUUCGUGAUGCUCUGAAAACGCUGGAUCGCUUGACGCAGUAUCGUUUCGAUCUUCCAGUCGAUUUAUCGAUUCGUCAGUUUAAAAACAUCAAAGACGUAUUCAUGUAGUUACGAUUAGCAGCAGACCACGUGGUGUGGGUUCCUUCUAGAUGCCGCGUCGUCCCAGUACAGCCACUAGUUUCCUAUUUGGUUGCUGAAUAACACCCUUUCGUACCUGUACAGGGCUUGUUCGACGUAUUCCAACCCAUACAGUGGGGUUCCUUUCUACUGGAAAAUUUCAAUAGCAUCAUUCGCACUAUCAAGUUCGUUAAACACUCGUUAUGUAUCAACAAAGAUAUAUAUCUUGAUUGUGGGAGAAUAUUGUAACAUACCUUAUCCAACUAUAGCUAGGGGUCAAGCCAAGGCACGAUGUAGGAGAAACGAUGAUGAGAAUGGUGGCUAAAGCGGUGGAAAAUUGUUAGUAAAUAUCAUUAAAAU